CUCUCUCUCUCUCUCUCUCUUUCUCUCACUUACGCACGAUGGAGUCCAGAGUGAAGCCUGGUUUGAAUGGAACUCAAGGGGCAAGGAGCCAAGUGAAGGAUGAUGAGGCUGGAAUGCCCGGACUGGUGAGGAUAGGCAACAUGAUCCUCCGCCUGGUUGCCCUUGCCACAACACUCGUAGCAGCAAUCGUGAUCGGCACAGCGAAGCAGGUAAAGACGGUGAAUAUUCAGGUGGCUCCAACUCUGCCGCCGUUGCCUGUCUCGGCGGUGGCCAAAACAUCUUAUGCCUCUGCGUUUGUAUACUUCCUCAUAGCCAACGUGAUCGCAUGUGUGUAUGCUGCAAUCUCAUUAGGGACAUCAACUAUGAAGAGGGCUAGCAAAAGUAAAUUGAGAUUAUCGUUAUCCAUCAUCGACAUAGCAAUGGUGGCUCUCCUCUUCUCAGGCAAUGGAGCUGCACUGACCUUUGGAUUGUUGGGCAAGUAUGGCAACUCACAUGUGAAAUGGCAAAAGGUGUGCAAUGUGUUCGAUAAAUUCUGUCUCCAUGUCGCAGUUUCUAGCAUUGCGUCCUUGCUUGGAGCUCUGGCCUAUGUUCUUCUGGUCCUGCUUGCUAUAGUUAGCCUACAUAAGAGAUCUCCAUAAAAUGAAGAAGAGAAAUGUUGAUGUUCUAUAUGAUGUAUGUGAUCAUAGACAAUAGACAAUUGAUCUAUCUCUAUGUGCUCCAGCUUGUGUAUGCCAAAGAUUGAGUAGCGCGAAUUACCAGCAUCAAUUUGAUGCCCUCAUGUUCAAAA